AUGAGUGAAGAGAAGGAAGAGGCCUCAUUCAGUAUACUCACAAUUUAUGAUGAACCAGAGAAGAGGAGGAACGUGCCCGAGAGCCCCAGCAUUUCCUCCCAGGACGAGCACCAUGCACAGUCCCAGCUGGGCGAAGCGUGUGGUCCCCCCCAGCAGCCCCCAGGCUCCCCGAGGCAGCAUGACCUGGCUUAUCAGGAGAUGAUAAGUCCACAGCAGUGGGCCCCCCAGGCCCUGGACAGGUCUGAGCUGCAGGCCCCUCAGCUCUCCGAGGCAGAAUCAGAAGAAGCAGAGCCUGGCCUCAGCUCCCCACCAGCAUCCGAGUUCGGUCAGCCUUGUCCUUCACCUCGUCCCAGUGAAGAAGUCUGGUCAUUGCUCAGGGCAAUUCCUCCUGUUCCAGAUGAAGUGGUGGUCAGGCAAAUGACCCCACGUAAGUCCUGGAAGGUUGGCAAACUCCGCCACGGAAAGAAAGUCUACUCCCUGGCCAUCAGCAGCUCUACUCACCACGUGUACACGUGCGGCCAUGGCUACAUCAGGGUGUGGGAUGAGAGUGCCCUGCGUGCCUGGGACCACGCCCCCCAGGCCCAGCUGAACUUACAGGACCGUCAGAACUGUGUCCUCACCUGCAAGCUGUCCCCCGAUGAGCGAAGCCUGAUCACGGGGGGUCUGUCCCAGACCCUGACUCUCUGGGACCUGGCGCCCACCCCCCGCGUCAGGGCACAGCUGGCCUCCACAGGCCCCAUGUGCUAUUCCCUGGCUGUCUCCUCCAAUGCCCAGAUCUGCUUGGCUUGUUUCAAAGGAUUUGUUGAGAUUUGGGAUUUGCAGAACCAAAUCUUGAUCAGGAAGCACGAAGUCCCCAUAUACGGGUCCCGAUGUGUGGACAUCGUGGGCAAUAAGUUCUGGACGGGAGGUGAAGACACCAGACUGUAUUCCUGGGACCUGAGGAGCUACCAGAGGCUGCAGCAACACGAUUUACAGCAUGAGAUCCUCAGCAUUACCCACGACCCCAGUGAGGAGUGGUUGUUAGUGGGCCUGAGAAUGAGUGACAUCGUAAUCCUGCACACACACCGAAGGGAGAAGUUUAAGGCUGUCCUGCAGAAAUAUGUCUACCACCACAAUCUCAAGUUUGCCUCCUGUGGGAGCUAUUUUGUGGCCACACUGGAUGAGUCGAUCCACUGCUUAGCUGCACCUUCUCUACAAAGAUUGUUUCAGGUAGAGGAGUCUACAGACAUCCUAUGUUGUGAUGUGUCUUCCGACAACCAGUACCUGGUCACGGGCUCCAGGAACAGUGCCACUGUUUACCAGCUCUUGUAUUGA